AUGAUCAGAAAAUCCAUUAUUCCAGCAAUCUUUUUUAAAGAAGGUCAAUUCGAAGAAUUUAUCAUGCCAUCCCCAAAGACAUUUAAAAUCCACACUCCAGCAAUUAACCAUAGAAAGAAAUUAGUUAUUGGUCCACUUUCAGCAUUUCUCCCAUUAGAAAUAAUUGAAUGUGUACUUUCAUUCAUAUCUCAUCAAGAUUUCAUUCAAGCUCUUUCAGGUUGUUUGUAUUCUCUUGAGGGAGGAAAGAAAUUUGCAUUAAAUCCACCAAACGAAACUGAAUUUGAUGAAGAUUUGAAUGUCACUCGAUUGGAAUUACUUCAAUUAGUGAAGAGAAGAGGAGGUGUCAUUGCCUCAAGUAUUAAGGAUGUUGAGGUUUUGAGUGCAAUUUUCUCGAUUCGUAUACCAGUUGAUGAUUCGUUUAAACUCAAGAUUCAUUUGAUGAAUAUCGACAAUUUGAGUAACAAGCUGAUCGAUUUACUUGAACAGUUUCACACUGUAGAAUUGGAUAACAUUAAUCUGAAAUUUUCAGAUAUUCAUUCCAUUCUCAAUCUAAGAACAAGCAAAAUUAACAAACUAAUCAUUAACAGGUGCAAAACCAUUGAAUUUAAAGAAAAAGCAAUUUCUUGGAAUAGAGUUGCUGCCAGAGAAAUUGUGAAAUGUUUCAAAUCACUUACAAUUAUUGAAAGUCCAGAUAUGGUUGAGUUUUGUAAUACGUGUAAAUUCAAUGACCUGGAAAAAUUGCAUGUCAUUGAUGAGCGUUGCAUCAAUCUACCAAUUUUAAAUCCCAAUGAAUAUCCAAAUUUGACAGAUUUUGGUAAUAACCACUUUAAAGUCAAAAAUCAAAGAGCUCUGAAGAAACUCUUUCUCAAUAGAAUUGACAGUUUAAAUUUUAAUCAAGAAACAGCCAAUUUGUGGUCUUCCAUUAUUGUAAAAUAUCCACCUUAUAGAAUUAGAGAUGUAUCCUAUCUGAAAGUGCCUGAAUUGACCAUUCUAAGUGAGGAAAGUAAUUUAUCCUUACAUGAAAUGAUGGAAAAAGUUGCAGUUUUUGAACAUGUUAUCAUUCCAGAAACAUUCAUAAGAUUAACUACUGAAAGUUUAAGUGAAAUUUCCAAUCCAAAUCUUAGAAGAAUUACAAUUAUGACCUCACGUCAAAGUAGAAUUAUUGUAAAGAUUUUGAAAGCUCGAUUGGAAUGCAUGUUUCCAAAUGCAUGUAUUUUCAUAAAAGAAAUGGAAGAAAGAAUAAUCACAAAGCCAUCUAAACAAUUUGGUAUCUUUAAAUGGGAAGAUGAGAGACUUGGAAAUAUAUUCGAAAGACUUUUGAGAAGAAUUGAUUCCAUUUCUAAUCAAUGCAUUUAUUUGAGAGAGGAGGCAUCCAAAACAUUUAUUCAACAAAUUAAAGAAUCAAUGAAGACUCUUGGUGAAUUAUUUGAAGAAAGAAACAGCUCUCGGAGAAACAUUACCAAAGAAUUAAUGAUAUUCCAAACUGAAACCUAUUUACUUGAAGGUUUGAAAGCCAACAUUGAAUUUGCAUUACACAAUGUCAAACACGCCAUUGAAAUCUACGAAGAAGUCAUUGGAAAAGAUGAAAUCAUAGCAAGGGUCAUUUCCAAAUACGAAGCAACUCUAAACUCUUCUGUCAGUGGUCAAUUCCUCAAUCAGAAUCUCAAACUUUUGGAAGAAAGCUUUGAUGACAUGAAAUACCACUUUGAAAUGAAGGGUUUCACCUACAAAUUGCUGUUCAAGAAUUUGUGGCAAGCAGAUGAUGUUGUCGAGUUCUAUAGAGAUGGAUAUUUUGAUAAUGAAGAGGAAGAAUUAUUUCUAGAUGAAGAGGAUAAUAUCUUGUUUGAAGAUGAAGAAUGGUUAUCAGAGUUUAGUGAUGAAGAAUGA